GAGCUUUGUAAGCGGUUAUUCUAAGUGUUCACAGCUUAACAUGAGAUGUAAUAACAAUCAGAAGUAUUCAUGAAUGAUAAAGAUAGAGAUCAAAUAUGUAAUAGUAUUCAAGCUGAGUUGCAAAGAGAUGGUUGCAACUGUCUAUAUAGAUUGUGUGGCCAAGACUAGGGGUAAGAAGGCCCCAGCUGACAGUGAUUGAGUGCAAAAUACUCUACCUGGAUCAGACGGUAUGGUACAACUAGGUGUCUGGAUGGUCGCUCUAUGCAAGCGGCUGGAAGGGCCCAUGAAAAAUCCAGAAAAGCUGGAAGCGCCGUUGAAGCCCAUGCCAUGUUUGAAAAUUGAAGGCCUUGAUUGGAAGGCGUAUUGGUGUUUCGUUGGAGAUAAAGGCGAGACUAUGCUGUACGGGCCCCAACACCUCGUCUCGACGAUGAGUAUGAAGGGCAUGUAUCAGAUCUUUAUGGCAUUGCGGGAGACAGCGAAAUAUGGCCGGGAUGAUCACUGGCCAUGGUUUAGGGAAACAAUUCUAUGGGAAAACUAGAAUUGCUGUCAUCAUCAACAGGCGACAUUUUUCAUGAAAACAGUUUUGUUGCUCUUGACCUCGUACGGUAUCAAUAUUGGAUUUUAGUGGAAGAGAAAUGGAGGGUUAUGAGCAAAUUUGUUCCGAUCCAUGAUCCAUGGUUGUAAGAGUAAUCGGGCCGAUGUAGGUAUGUACUUCCCGGCAGAGAUGUGGAGAGGUUUUAACUGAAAGAUAUUUUACAUCAACAGAUCACUUGUAGUCUACCUAACCCAGGCUACAAUGCCCCCAUGCGAUGCGGGUUGUUAAAUAUCAAAAAAAUAGGAACCAUUGACUAGCAGCUGGAAAAUACGUAGUUUUGAG